CAGAUUCUGAGCGCAGGAGGGGCGCUGGCACCAAAAAGAAAAAAAAAAAAGAAAGAAAAAGACUAAGGAAAAGACCAGCAGUUCGUACUAGUGAGUUAUGGCCUUCCGAGGCUCCCGUAGCACCACAGAGCCAAGCCGACUUAGCCGGCACCACCCACCCGGAAACGACUUCCUCUCGUCCCACAAUGGGCCCCGCCUUGCCGCGGGACCUGAGAACUCCUCCAGUCCUGGUCGGUGCGCAGUCCCCAUGGCCUGCUACGAGGAGGUGUGCGUGUCCGGAUUCGAGGAGUUCAACCAGGCGGUGGAGCAGCACCGCGGAAAGACCAUUUUCGCUUACUUCAGCGGUUCCAAGGACGCCGAAGGGAAGAGCUGGUGUCCGGACUGCGUACAAGCUGAGCCAGUCGUUCGAGAGGGGCUGAAGCACGUUACUGAAGAAUGUGUUUUCAUCUACUGCCAAGUCGGAGAAAGAUCUUAUUGGAAAGAUCCAAAUAAUGACUUCAGACAAAAACUGAAAAUUACUGCAGUGCCUACACUACUUAAAUAUGGAACACCUCAGAAACUGGUAGAGUCUGAGUGCCUUCAAGCUAACCUCGUGGAGAUGAUGUUCUCUGAAGAUUAAGAUUCCAUGAUGGCAGUUAUCCUGGCUUACUCUACAACAAAAGAAACUGCCUAUUUGCUUCGAAUUUAUGUUAACAAUAAGUAAACGAUGGUGUUAAAAUCAGUGUAUGUCUAAACAAUAAAGAAUGUUCUUAAAUAUAA